UUCAGCCACGGAAAGCGUGCGUAGCAGACGAAUGUUUUAAAUUUUAGUUUUGUGAUCCAAAAUAUAAAAUUUAACGGUAUAUGCGUACUAUCAUAAUUCAGUGUCAAUAAAGCGCCUUUUCCGAGAUGUGGAAGAUAACGGAAGACUGCUAAGUUAAUGUUGUGUUACUACAAGAGAAACUAAAAGAUGAAAAAAUGGGACUGAGUCUUAAUAAUAAUGUAAAGUUCGCUUGUGCUGCCCUGGCACUGGUGUUCUUCUGUGAAUAUGUUAUUUACUACGUCGUGCUACUCCAGUGUUUGUGGCCGCAAUUAGACUCGAGACAUGUUGAUGAGACAGUACCUGCAAAACCAGAUGCUGAGCCUGUGAGAGUCAUGUUACUAGCUGACACACAUCUGCUGGGUUCUCGGAAUGGUCAUUGGUUUGACAAGUUAAGAAGGGAAUGGCAGAUGUAUCGUACAUUCCAAACAGCAAUGAACAUUCACAAACCUGAUGUUGUAUUUUUUCUUGGUGAUUUAUUUGAUGAAGGUCUCUGGUGCAGCGAGAAGGAAUUUGAUUAUUAUGUUAAGAGAUUUCACGAUUUGUUUUAUGUACCUAAAGGGACACAAGUGUUUGUGGCUGUAGGAAAUCAUGAUAUUGGAUUUCAUUAUGGGAUUAGCCCAUAUCUUCAUGAGCGAUUUGCAACUGCAUUUAAUGCCCCUCCUGUUCGACUCGUGUCAAUCAAAGGAAACCAUUUUGUGCUGAUAAACAGUAUGGCAAUGGAAGGUGAUGGGUGCUUCCUUUGCCGCCCAGCAGAAUUGCAACUACAGAGGAUCUCAAAAAGAUUGAAAUGUACUAAGGGAGUGGGAAAAUGUGACAGAGACCUACUGCUUGAUAUUUAUAGUCGCCCCAUAGUAUUGCAGCAUUUUCCAAUGUACAGAGAGUCAGAUGCUAUCUGCCAUGAACCGGAUGAAGCACCAGAGGAGAUUAAAACACAGAAAUUUAGAGAGAGAUGGGAGUGUCUUUCAAGGGAGUCAUCGCAGAUGUUGUAUGAUUAUUUAAAUCCCAGGCUCGUUGUUACUGGGCACACACACCAUGGUUGUCAUCUUCUUCAUGGGAAAGAUAUUCAUGAGUGGACCAUUCCUUCAUUCAGCUGGAGAAAUAAGAACAACCCCAGCUUUAUGUUGGCUGUAUUUACACCAAACAAUUAUGCAGUUUCAAAAUGUAUGAUGCCUCAAGAAUCAACAAUAAUAAGCAUUUACAUCUUAGGUGCAACGUCAAUUGCUUUAUGGAUUAUUCUAACUUACCGAAGGUUUUGUCGUCGUACUCGAUGGUUUAAACGGAAAUAAAAUUGUAUUUUGUUGUUUGAAAUUUCACAGAUUAAGAGCAUAUUUCAGUAACUCUGCAAAUAUUAUUUUCAGAAUUGUAUGUGAGUCUUAUAAAUAAUUUAUCUGUACAGAUAAUUUAAAUCCAGUUUUACUUAAUGAAAUUUGUUAUUUUUUUUAAACCUUUUAUAUUCUGUGGAUGUCCUUUCCUACCUGCACAAUAUUUUGGUUGAUUUCUUAAACAUUUGGAUGGCCUGACUUUUAUGUCUUACUACCGUUCACUUGUGAAUUAGCAAUAGUUAUAAAUUUUUUCCAAACUUUCAA